AUGCUCGAUCAGCUGUCGCCCGUUGCUCCUGCGAGAGUACGAGUUGUGCUGUUACCAAUUGGGCAAAUUAAACGCGCAAGAUUCUUGAGCUUCGUAGAAAGGUUACAGCCUCACAAUGUUGUACGUUUGGGAGAUAUUAGUCCAGAUGGACGUCCCCAUAGAAGUGAGGAUUAA